AUGGAGGUGGCAUCGGAGGAACCGGUUCCAGUGGCAAUGACUACUACAACAAGCUGCCCCUUUUGGGCGGCCCUGACUGACACUUAUCACUUCUACUCCGGCUCCACACCGGAAUCGUCGGCAGAAGUGACUCGACAACGGCGAGCAGUGGGACGGAAUACAACACGGCACUUCAGUGAACAAUCCAGAGUUGUUUCGCAGCUGGAUCGGAAAUUGGCGAGCUGGAAUCAAUCGGAACGGAUUGAAGAACACGACCGGUUUGAAGUUGCUCGAAGGAAGAAUGAUAGCAACAGUGCGCCGAUUGGGGUUGUUGGAAAAGAAGUGGAUGGAUAUGCCGCCCAGGAGAAGUGGAACGUCGAUGAUUACGAGUAUAAAAUUGCAAACCAUCAGGGAGGAGGAGGCGGUCGCCAACCGGGGGUGGAAAUCGAUGACAAGGGAGUCAACGGCAAAGAUGACAGAGAUUUGGCUGAAAAGAAGAAGCAGAAGAAGUCGUCGGGGAGGCUGGCAAGAAAAUUACUCUCCAUUGAAGCAGAUCCGGUGGCGGCCGUUGAUGAUAGAGAUGACACCGUCGCCGUUGAGGCGUCUGAUUACGGGGUUGAUAAGGCGGCACUGACAGCGUCGAGUGAGUUCAAUGGCGGCAAUGAUGACCGGGAGGAACACGGAGGACAACAAAGGAGGUCCAGGAGGUGGGGGUCACGGCCAAACAGGGCUAAUCAGGCCCUGCGAAGGGGGCAGGAAAUGGAUCAACAACGACGCGUUGACAGCCGGAAAAGUGGCCGAGCCGGGGAUAGUUUGGAUGAUACGGGCCGGCGGGAAACGAUUCCGGACGAGAGUACGGUUUAUCGCCAGCGAUACCCGCCGGUGGAUGAUGAUCAGGACAAGGCGGAGGAGGAGGAGGGAGGCCCAGGUGCUCCGGAGGUCGUCGAAUCGACCACGGUGGCAGAUGGGUGUGAUUGUGUGGCAAAGUGUGCCUCGGAAAGGGUUCUCCAGGAAGCGGAAACUAGCACCGAAGAGUCAGGCAGCGAUACGGGAGACAAUGACGAGGUGACAACGGAGGAAAUUGAGCAAGAAGAAGAGGAGGAAGGGACUGUUGAUGAGCAGGAAGAGCCUGAGGAAGAGGAGGAGGAGGAGGAGGAGGAGAAGGAGGAGUUGACCACAGAGGAAACCACAUCAGAGGCCGACGGAACAGCAACCAAGCAGAGAGAAGUGUACAUCGAUUUGAAGAUUGGAAUCAAGAGUGUCGGAAAUGGGAGUCUUUCAGAGGACUCUGAACCACUGGAAUUCCAUCGGAAGAUUUUGGUGAAAAGAGAAAAAGUUGGAGAUGAGUUGAGCUAUCAGCUUGGAACGUUCCGGCAACAGCAGCAGAAACCCUCUUCAGACGCCCAUUUUCCGAUUAGUUUGGUUAAGGCCAUCUAUCAAUUAGUGGACAGGAGUGACAGCCUUCGGACGCACGUGGCCCCACGUCUGCCCAGCCGGACCAAGGUGUUGUCCAAAUUGUCCAAGCUGGACAGCAAAGGUAAGAACCGGCGCAAGAUUAAUGACCAGCAGCGGGGACGACCACAACAUCAACUGGAAUCGGAGCUGCAACGGCCGAAGAAGAACUCCAACGGUGUUGACAAGGUGGUCGCCGUGAUCGAUGCGCUCAAGGAGCUGAUUCAGCAGUGACCUGGAAUCCGCAGUUGGCCCAGUUUCAACGAGCUCCGGACCAGCAGCCACCGAAGCACGAGUGUGUUUAUAUUUAAUUAUCAGCAAUUAUUAAAUUCCUCAUCAAAACUAA